AUGAGCUUAAAAACUGCCCUUGUGAUUAUCGCCGAGGAUUCCGAAGAAAUCGAAGUGGUCACCCCAAUUGAUGUCUUGCGGAGAGUUGGAGUAAAGGUUACCAUAGCCGGAUUAAACUCAUCAGAGCCAGUCCGAUGUGCCCGGAACACAAUGAUUCAACCGGACAAGGCUCUAUCUGAUGUUAUGGACGAAUUGUUUGAUCUCGUUGUUCUACCUGGUGGCGUCGACGGAAGCAAUCAUUUGGCUGAAAGUGAUCAAGUUGGGAAAGUGCUCGUGACUCAUCACCAGGCCAAUCGCCUCUUGGCUUCAAUCUGUGCAGCUGCAUUGGCUUUCAAAAUGAAUCGAAUCGCGCUCGGUGCUACCUUGACAAGCUAUCCAACUACAAAGGAUAAGUUGAAAGAUGACUACAACUACAGUGAAGAAAAAGUGGUUGUUUCUGGGAAUCUGAUCACAUCACGUGGGCCAAGUACAGCAAUGAUUUGGAGUUUAAAACUUGUUGAAGUGCUGCUUGGAGAGGAAAAGUUGCAAGAGGCAAAGAAAUGGGCAUUAUUUGAUAAU